AUGGGUUUCAUCGACAACGCAAAGCGCACACUUUGGGAGGUCGUCGGCGAGCCUGCCUUGACCAAGGCUGGUCUGUACGAGCCCGCUGAUCGCACCUAUGGCCGUACCGAUGUUCCCUUUUCCCCCAUGGAAAAGCGUCUGCACGACAACCCAGAUGUCACUGUCUGGUUCGGCAAGGCUAUGCUCGACAAUGGCAAAGACUGGUCUUGGUACCAAGUUUGGGAAGACAAAAAGGCCAUGCGCAAGACCGGCCGCAACGCCGACAUGAUCUUCGUCCAUGGCACUGGCGUUCAUUCUGGAACUCUGGCUUCUCACUCCAGACGCUACCUCGACGCUGGAUUCAGACUCAUCGUUCCCGACCUCAUUUCUCACGGUUACUCGACCGGUACUCAUGUGUACCAGCGUCACCUGGACGCAUACACAGAAGGCCUUCACGCCGUUUUGCACGACGUUGCUAAGCGGGAUGACGAGGCCGAUGGUGUUGAACGUCGCCGCAAGGUCGAGCGUCGCACGACCUUCAUGCUCGGCCUUUCCUUUGGUGGCCUCGUGGCCCACAUGUACGCCUUGCACUAUCCCAACUCGCUCCGCGAAGAAGCGAAGGGAGAAUACGAAGUGCCCAUCGACGGUAUCAUAGGAGUCGGUCCCAUCAUCGAAUACUCUCGCGCCAACGUGCGCAUUCCCUGGUUCUUGCAGCAGAUGAUCUGGUACGGCGACACGUACCUCGGUCUCGGACGCGUCGAAGUCAUUGUUCCACACAAGAAGUGCCUCGACAAGGACCCCAAGGUAUACAAGACUCUAGUCACCGAGGACAAGCGAAGUCAUCAAGGCGCGUUCCGUGUGGGUCACCUGCUUUGCAUCCACUUCGCAGCUGAAAUGAUCCAACAGCGGGCGCACGAAAUUCGUCACCCUACCCUAGUCCAGCAAGGCGGUCAGGACCGGGUCGCGUGUCACGAAGCUGCCAUCAAUUUCAUUCGUGACGUCUCUGCCACCGACAAGAAGAUGACCAUCUACCCUGUCUGCCAACACGUCAUUUAUCGCAAAGCUAAGACUGAAGAGGAAGAUCUCGCUGGACGCGUCGCCUGCGUCGAGGAUAACGUAGAGUGGAUGUGCGAACGU